AUGCAAUUGUAAUUAGUAGGGGUUGCUUCAUUAUUUUUAGUUUGUAAAUAUGAAGAAAUUUACCCUCCAGAUAUAAAACACUUUGUUUAUAUUGCUGAUAAUGCUUAUACAAAAUAUGAUGUUUUGGAUAUGGAAGGUCAAAUUUUGUAGACUUUAGAUUUCUCAAUUACUUAACCAUCAAGUUAUUGUUUACUGUAGAGAUUUGGGAGAAUUGCUGAAUUAGAUACAAAAAACUUGUUUCUAGCUCAAUACUUAUUAGAACUAUCAAUAAUCGAUAUCAAAUUUAUGAAUUACAAGCCAUCAUUCUUAACUUGUGCUGCUAUUUAUCUAGUCCAUAAAAUAAGAAAGACUCCAUAAUCUUGGAAUGAAGAGAUGUAAAAUAUAACAGGAUACAAUGAAUAGGAACUAAGAUUUUGUGCAAAGGAAAUGUGUUUGAUUCUUUAAUCAUCAGACAAAUCAAAUCUUUAAGCAGUUUGA